CAGACUCACACAGACUGUGGCCUGUUGCUGCAGCGGAGCAUUGAACUAACCAAAAAUAAGUGCAGUGUCUACAAUAUCUUCAUUCUGUCAAGUAUGGAGGAUUUCAACUUGGUCAGAUGCAAUAGUCUGGAUGCAGGAUCUGGAAGUGACAAGGAGCUGAUGAGUCUUUAUCCCGAGACGGAGCCUACACCGGCAGAACUGGCUCAGUGUGAAGCUGAAGUCGGCACGCUGCUCAGCAUCAUCGCUGAAGUGAACAAGAAGAUGGGGUCCCUGAAGGCACCAAGCCAAUCAGGUGAUGUAAAACCACCAGCAGCCGGUCCUCUGUUUCCAGACCUACUUUCACACAGGUUGGUUAGAAGCAUCCCAGACAGGAGCACUUCCUCUUAUGUCACAUCGAAUCCUCCACUACCAAGUCGAGGGGGCAGUGGCGUCAUCUGGACAGAACUCAAGGGGGUUCUGACAGCAGUGGAGGACUCCAUCAAUUGCAGAAGGUCCUGGGCAGCCCCCAUUACAUCAUCUGACCGGGACAGACCAGAAGAGCAUCUGAGAGCAGCUCAGGACAGCUGGGCCAAGGCUGAUAAGAUUUUGGACGAGAUGGAAAAGGAAUUUGGGAUUUCUUGUCCUUCAGAUGUGGCAAAAGAAACAUUCCAGGAGGAACUUGCCGAUCAGGGUCCGGACUCCUCUCCCUUACAAGGAGAACUGCAGAGAUCACACAGUAUCAGCAACGUAGAAGAUGAGAAGAACAAGCAGGUUGGUCACCAGAGGGCCUGGAGGUCGGCUAUUUGCGCUCCUUCUUACAGAUCGUCAGGUCCUCCCGGGGCCUCUUCUUCCUUUCCAUGUUCUCCUUUGCUCCUCAGAAGAGCAGACAGAGCGGGAACCGACAGCUCACUUAGUUUAGUUAACUCAGGCAGUUCUUGUCCAAACCCCAUUGGCCUGGAGACUGAGAUGGAGCGACUGAAUAGGUACAUUGAAAAGCUGAAGGCCAGGAAUGAACGUCUCACUGCCGCUUUGGAGCGAAAGAGGGCAGAGUUGGAGCACAUCAGCGUUACACUGAAGAGGUUGGAGUCCGACUGCUCUACCAUGCACUUGGCUCUCAGAUACUGUGAGGAGUGCGAAGACGCGUACGGUGAGCUCCUGUCGCUUUACGAGGCUCAGAGGCAACAAAGCAUUCCUCCACAGACCAACGCAGCAGAGGAAAUUGAUGACACGCAGGAGGAACCUGGCGGUGCGUCAGUUCAGCACAGGAAACUGGCAAGUGAGGAAUUGUCGACCUCCUUCACAACAACAGAGGUCACCAAGGAGAUGGAAACACACACGGCACAGAGGACUCCUGACUUCAGUGAACGAGAGCUUGAGCUCCAUGACAUAAUUGAGCGCCUGAAAAGGAACAGGGCGGCCAUUUUCCUCCCAAAGCUCCAUGCAGGAGUGGAAGUGAACCCAGAUGUUGGUUCCCCUGCUGGGCUGCGAAGUGGACACUCGAGUAAAGAUAACAUCAAGCCUGCAGAAAGACAUAGAGAUAAGACGUCUCCGUUUCAUGAACUCAUCACAGCCAGAGAGGAGAUGUCAGACCUGCGUGGCCUCAUUCGUCUGAAGGAGAAAGAGCUGAGGUACCUGGAAUGGAGUCUAGUGGCCCAAAAGAGCCAAGAAGCAUCUGGAGCGUGUAUUCCAGAAAGCCUCCGAGAUGAGCUGGCCGACUGUAAGAUGGAGCAACAGAGGCUGUGUGAGAAUGCAGCCAAAGUAUGCAGCGAUGGUGACAUGGGUGGACUCAGGACCAGGCCCAUUUUAAAAGAGUUGCAAGCUGCCCUCCUGAGGGAGCAAGCCCUAAAGAAGAGACUGGCUUUAGUUUAUGACCCAUUCAACCCAACCCUCGCUGACACUGCUGGCAACAGGAGGGACAAUGAAGAUCACGUAGCAAGGCUCACACAAGCUCACAGUAAGGCCUUGAGUUCUUACCGACACAUUCGCAGGAAGUACCGGGAGCAAAUGUGGAAGCUGGAGCAGAAACUGGCGACCAUGAUGGACAGUCAGCACGUCCAGAGUGGAACGUCAAAGACAACUGGGGAGGAUUCAGAAUGGAGGAGGGAAGAGACCGUGCUGUGAUGUAAAAAAAAAAAAAAAAAAAACUUUGAGUGAGUACUGAGAAGUACGGCAAAAUGUACUCAUCAUUUUACAUCACUGAAGUAUUCAAAUGUGUAUUCUGUUCUCAACUUGCAUGGUCCCCAUCUUGGCUACGUAGCGGAAGGAAUGGGACAAUUCAUACUUCGAAAGUCACAAUUCAAACAAACUAAGUACGCAGUGCACACAGUAUACAUAUAUAAGUGUACUAAUGGAAGUAUUUGUGACACAGCCAAUGUCCUUAUUAGGGAAUACUCGACUGUAUUAUCUCCAAGGCCACUUUCAAUGACAUUGUAUACUAGACAGUAAAACCUUGCCAAUAAACUGAGCAGAAUUCCAAAGCACGCACACAAGUACUACUACAGUACAACUCUAUUUAGUUGUUUGACAAAGUACCAUAAAAUGUCAGAUAUACUGUACAUUAUGCACAAAAUAUAUAGUCACCUGACAAAAUGCUAGUUGUUAGCUCAGAUCAAUCAAUUUUUCCCUCCCAUGCAGCGUAUAAAUGUGUUGGUAGUAGCCAUUAUGUAUAAACCAAUAACACUACUGCAAUAGUGUUAUUGAUGAUGUACUACAUUAUUGUAUUUCAACAAUAUACUGUAUUAAUGUGGUACAAAAACAUUGGCUUUGUUUCUUCAUUUUCAUGGCAACAUUGAACCUUCAGUUCAGUGCUUUUACACAAUAUGGCAUACACCAAGG